AUGAAGCUCGACUCCAGGUUAAUGGAGCUGUUCAGUGGGGUCCUGCUGGCUCUCUGUCUGCUGAGCCUCUGUGGAGAGGCAGUGUCCAGUGGCAACCAGGGCCUACGGGGACCCACCGGUAGGAUGGAGCAGAGGACAGGGACCUGUGAAGUGGUGGCGGCCCACCGCUGCUGCAACCGGAGGCAGAUAGAGGAGCGCUCUCAGACGGUCAAGUGCUCCUGCUUCCCGGGACAAGUGGCCGGCACCACCAGAGCCUCGCCCUCUUGUGUUGAAGCCUCCAUCGUGCAGCAGAAGUGGUGGUGUAGGAUGGAGCCGUGUCUGGCGGAUGAGGAGUGUCGGGUUCUCCCCGACCUCACCGGCUGGUCCUGCAUCUCCGGGAAUAAAGUGAAGACCACCAAGCUGCCGUCUGAUGAGUCCAUUAAGGAGCGACCGCGGGGCGGCGGCUCGAGUGGCGCGCUCUGGUUCCUCUGUGGUCCGAGGCGUGGCUCCUCUGAGCUCAGCCUCGCCAACAGCAGUCCUCGGUGGAUCCAGCCAUAG